CUUCUGCAGCUCUCGUUGUCAUCAACGCUCGUCUGCUGCUGGCACGAUGAACUGGACUCACUAAUUGUGCUGUUAACCUUUGGAUCUGCGGACGCUGUCAACAGCCCGUUAGAUCAUUAUUUUAUCCUCGCUCUGGUGACUUUUUAAUAUGACAGAAAUACAGAAGUAACUGUUGAACUUUGCGUAGUGUGUGCGUGUGUGUGUGCGUGUGUGUGUGCUUGUGCGUGUGCGUGUGCGUGUGUGUGUGUAUGCAGCAGUUCUGGUUUCACACACUGUAUCUGUGGGAGUAUGAGGAAGUAGGGUUUAAAUUGUUGCAGUGGAGGUGUUGUAGAUUGCUGUUGGCUCUGAUCGUCCUGCUGUGUGUGUGAUGGCUGCAGUCUGACGGGGGGGUCAACCUCUGGAUUCUAACGACACACGCACACACACACACACGCACACACAUAGACGCUCUUUCUGGACAGUGGACACCUGAGGAGGAGAGGCCCAGUGGAAGAAUGGCGAAGUACCACUGGCAGAGUCAGAAUGUGAAGCAGAGCGGGGUGGACGACAUGGUCCUGCUGUCCAAGAUCACUGAGGACGCCAUUGUAGACAACCUCAAGAAAAGAUACAUGGACGACUACAUCUUUACAUACAUCGGCCCCGUAUUGAUAUCAGUAAACCCGUUCAAACAGAUGCCCUAUUUCACUGACAGAGAGAUCGAACUUUACCAAGGAGCCGCCCAGUAUGAGAAUCCACCCCACAUCUACGCCUUGACUGAUAACAUGUACAGAAACAUGAUGAUUGAUGGAGAGAAUCAGUGUGUCAUCAUUAGUGGUGAAAGUGGUGCUGGAAAGACAGUGGCUGCCAAGUACAUCAUGGGUUACAUUUCCAAAGUAUCCGGAGGAGGGUCGAAAGUUCAGCAUGUUAAAGACAUCAUCCUACAGUCAAAUCCUCUGCUGGAAGCGUUUGGUAACGCCAAGACCGUCCGCAACAACAACUCUAGUCGUUUUGGGAAAUACUUUGAGAUUCAGUUCAGCAGGGGUGGAGAGCCAGACGGUGGCAAAAUCUCAAACUUCCUCCUGGAGAAGUCGAGGGUGGUGAGCCAGAAUGAGAGCGAGAGGAACUUCCACAUUUACUAUCAGUUGAUAGAGGGCGCCAACGCUCAGCAGAAAGAGGGUCUGGGCAUCAUGACCCCAGACUACUACUACUACCUCAACCAGUCUGGGACCUACAAGGUGGAUGGGACCAAUGACAGCAAAGACUUCCAAGAGACUAUGGAAGCAAUGCAUGUGAUUGGGAUCCCAGGUGACAUCCAGACUCAGGUGCUGCAGAUCGUGGCGGGCAUCCUCCACCUGGGAAACAUCAGCUUCAUAGAGGCAGGCAACUACGGGCAGGUGGAGAGCACGGACUUACUUGCCUUCCCCGCCUACCUGCUGGGCAUCGACCCCAACCGCCUGCAGGACAAGCUGACCAGCCGGAAGAUGGAUUCAAAGUGGGGAGGAAAGUCUGAAUCCAUUAAUGUGACCCUGAACCAGGAGCAGGCCACUUACACACGAGACGCCCUGGCCAAAGCCCUCUAUGCACGAGUGUUUGACUUCCUGGUGGAGUCCAUAAAUAAAGCCAUCCAAAAACCACAUGAAGAAUUCAGUAUCGGAGUACUUGACAUUUAUGGAUUUGAGAUAUUCCAGAAAAACGGCUUCGAGCAGUUCUGUAUCAACUUUGUCAACGAGAAACUUCAACAGAUCUUUAUUGAACUGACUCUAAAGGCUGAGCAGGAAGAGUACGUUCAGGAGGGCAUCAAGUGGACUCCCAUCGAGUACUUCAACAACAAGAUAGUGUGCGACCUCAUUGAAAAUAAAUUGAACCCUCCUGGUAUAAUGAGCGUGCUGGAUGAUGUGUGCGCCACCAUGCAUGCCAAAGGAGAUGGUGCAGAUGGCACUCUGCUGCAGAAACUGCAGGCCGCUGUGGGAACGCAUGAACAUUUCAACAGCUGGAACUCCGGCUUUGUCGUACAUCACUACGCCGGCAAGGUGUCAUAUGAUAUCAACGGCUUCUGCGAGAGAAACCGGGAUGUCCUUUUCCCAGACCUCAUUGAGCUCAUGCAAAGCAGCGAAUAUAACUUCAUCUGCAGCUUGUUCCCUGAAAACCUGAACACAGAUAAGAAAAGCAGGCCAACCACAGCCAGCUCGAAGAUCAAGAGACAAGCUAAUGAUCUGGUGAACACGCUGAUGAAAUGCACGCCGCACUAUAUCCGCUGUAUCAAACCUAAUGAGACAAAGAGGCCAAAAGACUGGGAGGAGAGCAGGGCAAGGCAUCAAGUUGAAUACCUGGGACUGCGGGAAAACAUACGUGUAAGAAGAGCUGGAUUUGCAUACCGCAGAGCCUUCAAUAAGUUUCUGAUGAGGUAUGCCAUUCUGACAGCUGAGACAUGGCCAUCUUGGAGGGGUCCGGAGCAGCAGGGGGUUCUUCACCUUCUCCGGUCUGUCAACAUGGAUAACGACCAGUACCAGAUGGGACGCACCAAGGUUUUUGUCAAGAACCCUGAAUCGCUUUUCCUGCUUGAGGAGAUGAGGGAGAGGAAGUUUGACACGUUUGCCAGGAUCAUUCAGAAAUCCUGGAGAAGAUUCAUUGCCAGGAAGAAGUACGAACAGAUGAGAGAGGAGGCCUCAGACAUCCUGUACAACUCGAAGGAGCGGAGGAAGAACAGCAUCAACAGGAACUUUGUGGGAGACUACCUCGGUCUGGAGCAGAGGCCCGAGCUGCGACAGUUCCUGGCCAAGAGGGAGCGCGUGGACUUCGCUGAUUCUGUCAACAAGUUUGAUCGCAGGUUCAAGUCUAUCAAAAGGGAUAUGAUCUUGACCCCCAAGGGCAUCUAUCUGAUUGGUCGUGAGAAGGUGAAGAAAGGACCCGAGAAAGGACAAAUAAAGGAGGUGCUGAAACGAAAACUGGAGUUUGCAAGCAUUAAUGGAGUCUCUCUGAGUACGAGACAGGAUGAUUUCUUCAUCCUACACGAGUCCCAGUACGACAGUCUGCUGGAGUCCAACUUUAAGACAGAGUUCCUCAGCCUGCUCUCAAAACGCUACGAGGACGUGACCAAGAGAAAACUGACAAUCUCCUUCACUGACCGGCUAGAGUUCAGAGUGAAGAAGGAGGGCUGGGGUGGAGGAGGCACCAGGGUGGUGGUGUUUCAGAGGGGGCAAGGGGACCUAGCCCAGCUCAAACCAGGAGGGAAAACCCUCACCAUCACAGUUGGGGACGGUCUACCCAAGUCCUCUAAGCCAACCAGGAAGGGUGUUCCACAGUCUCGUGGCGGACAAAGAAGUAAUGUUGCCAGCAGAGCGCACCAGAAUGGAGCAGCCAAGUUUUCCCGAGCCCCUCACAACCAACAAUCGGAUAUGACAUAUUCCUCCCCGCAAAAACAUGGCCGGCCACCCAGCACGGCCCUGCCGAAACUGGGCUCCCAGAGAGGCCCCAGGGUCCCAGCCCACAACCAGCCCAACCAGGGGAACCUGGACUUUCUUAAUGUGCCUGACCAAGGCAUGUCAGGGAAGCAGAGGAAAAGGAGCAUCAGUCAUCGACCUCCUCCUGCUCCUAAACCACAGCCUCGACCCCAGGGGCCCCGCUGCCGGGCGAUAUAUCAGUACGUCGGCCAGGACACGGACGAGAUCAGCUUUGAGGUCAAUGACGUGUUCGACCUCGUCAAAGAAGAUCCAUCAGGCUGGUGGACAGGAAGGAUUUACGGAAAGGAAGGUCUCUUCCCUGGUAACUAUGUGGAAAAGAUUUGAACAGGACUUGACCCGCUGUGGCGGACCUGGUGUCUUGGACUCUGUGUCUGUUGAGAAAUAUGUGUGUAUUUUGUUGAAAGCAGCACAUAAUGUUCGCUAAAGAAACUGCCUGUUAAGUGUUCGUGGUAGAUCUUCAUCCGUAAUGGAAACAGGGGCUGUUUAAACGUGGACCCGGCUAGACGUUUGAACCACAUGUACUGUAACUCGUUUGACGUGAUGCUGUACUAAGGGAGCGCAGGAGACGUCGUCGUUAAAACACAGAUCCACUGCAAAGAGCUGCUCAGCUUUCAUCUCUGUUGUUGUCCGAGGCCACGUAGCAACAACUACUUCACACCAACAAAACCUUCCUUGUGUUAGUCCAGUGAAAAUGACUCGGAGCUAAAGUUACACAGCUUUAAUAGAAGAGUGUCUUGAAGAUAUCGCAUUGCUUUCUGAGGUUUACAGCGUUUAUAUUUGUCUGAAACAGCAUAGAAUCAAGUAAUAAUAGGAAAUAUAUUGACAAUUGAACUUGACUUGAUGAAUCAAAGCCAUUGACAGAGACAAUACUCAUUUUUUUUAUUCAUGCAUUAUUACUUACAUCAUUGUUGGUAGUUUCUCACAUAUUUUUAUUGUUAAUUGAAAUAAAAAUGUAUAUUUUCAUAUUUUUACCUCAAGGACUUUUACACAGUAAGUUAUAAGAGAUUUCCGAAUAACAAAACAAAAAAAGGUGACUGAAAUUUUUGACAGUGUUUAUUUUUCUGCCAAUUUUGCUUCUUUUUUUUAAAAAAAAUUGUGGUUGAUUUUGUAAGAUAAUGUAAUUCCCCACAUUCAAUCAAAAUCUGUAUUUGUAUAUGAAUAAGAAGAGAAAAAUAAAGAGUUUUAACACUCA